AUGGAUGAACGAGCUAAUAUAGUGCAUUUUGUUUCUCUGCAGGUUAUCCAGGCUGUCUUUUUUGGGAUCUGUGUAUUGACUGACCUCUCCAGUCUCCUCACCAAAGGAAAUGACAACCAAGAACAAGAAAGACAGCUAAAAAAGCUCAUUUCUCUCCGUGACUGGAUGAUGGCUGUUUUAGCUUUCCCUGUUGGAGUUUUUGUUGUGACAAUGUUUUGGAGCAUCUAUAUCUAUGACAGAGAACUGGUUUACCCAAAGCUGCUUGAUAAUUUUAUACCAGCCUGGCUUAAUCAUGGGAUGCAUACAACAGUUUUGCCCUUUGUAUUAAUCGAGAUGAGAACAGCACAUCAUCAGUAUCCCAGCAGGAGCAGUGGACUGGCUGCAGUAUGCACCUUCUCCAUUGGCUAUAUUUUAUGGGUGUGCUGGAUUCAUCAUGUAACAGGAGUCUGGGUGUACCCGCUCUUGGAACACAUAAGCCCAGGUGCCAAAAUAAUCUUCUUUGCAACUGUCACCAUAAUAAUUAAUAUGUUCUACUUGCUGGGAGAGGUUCUAAAUAAUUACAUCUGGGAUACACAAAAAUGUACAGAAGAAGGAAAAGAAAAGCCUAAAUUGGACUGAGCAUGAAAUACUCACAGGCAGAGAUUGCUUGUUAUUCCAUGGAAGAUUUCUUAACACCAACAGAGGUUGGCCGGGAGAAGAAUCUUUUGGCAAGCUGUUUAUAUGGACCCUGUACUCGGGGCAAGGAUCACUCUCUUUUUAUAUAGGUAGAAAGUACUUUUAGCUAAUAACAGUAACCAUGUUUUAAUCCCCCUUUUUCCUAUACUUGCAUAUGCUGUGUAUUCUAAGAUCUAUAUUAUCUCCAAAAUGUUUUCAACAUGUAUUACAACUUAGAUCAAUGUAAAUACCUUUUAAUUUAUUAUGAGAAGAAUGAGUCAAUUGUUUGUAUUGCUUAGAAAGAAGUCAAGCAGAUUGGCCUGAUUUGGGUAAAUAUGAUAAUCCUUUAUAUUUCCAAAGUGCACUCUAAAGCUUUCUUAAAAGAUAGCACAUAAAUUUACCUGAAGGAAGUAUCCAAUCAAACUUUGUUAUCUAAUGUAACUGUAUAUAGUGGGUAGGCAAUUCAAUUAAUCAAUUCAAGUUAUAUCAAUUAAUUGCAAUUAAAGACUAUCUGUAAAUGAUGGAACUUUUGUUAAAUACAAGAACACAUAAAUAAAGAUCAAAGUAUCCCCAGGAUUCUGUUUCUGGGUACUGCUUUAGAGAA